AUGCCACCAUUUGAUGUGUUGGGUGUCCCUGGUAAUGAUAAAUUCAAAACAACAGAUCAACUUGUUAUAACAUUGACAUCCAUUAUCUACACGUGCAGUGCUGGUCAUGCCGCAGCCAACUUCCCACAAUACGAUGAAUAUGGUGCUCCAUUCAAUUACCCAUACUAUUUGUCUGGAGUUCCUCCUAAAGACAAGUGUCCAGUCACUGAAGAAACCAUCCUAAUCCUGACUAUUCCAGACAGAGACAUACUUGUACAGGUAAUGACAGUCACAAACGUUCUCAUUGAGAAGGCUACGAAAAGUCUUGGUGAUUUUGAGAAACAGUUUAUUGUGGAUUCAAAAGCAGUAAAAGUUGUUGAAGAGUAA